ACCUCAACGGCGUAUCGCAGCACUGAAACGCCCCACCAUCCAUCAUCGUCGACUUUCAAGCUCCGAGACCGAAUCUUUCCACUUCAAGAUCCGUUCGCUCACUAGCAACAGCAGACUUUCAUUGGCGUGGUCGCGCUUAGCUUCCGCAUUGAACGACGGCACCGUUCGGAGGAAUUUCAACUGAUUUCCACUACCGCACUUCCAUCAUCGUCACUCCUGAUCCGAGCCUGUUAUAGAAGACACACGAACGCGGGUCUUCCAACCACAGCGCAAAACGACCGUGCUGAACCUCCAAACACCCCUUUCACAACAUGGACAAAUAUCUCGACAGCCGCUUCGAGCGGGUGGAAAAGGCCCUCGCCACCUUCAUCGACUCAAUCGCCAAAUACAAUCCCUCCGAGAAGCUCGCCGAAGAUCUCGUAGCCGCCGACCGCGAGCUCGCCGCCGGCCUCAAAGAGCUCGAGCGCCACCAAAACAACCAUGCGCGCAUCCUCCAGCUACGACAAGAGACCGCCUCGCUCGACCAACAAACCAAGGACAUCAUCGGCGGACUCUGGAACAUGCGCAAGGAAGUCAAAUCCACACCCGCGACGCAGUACCCUGCCACCGGCCCCAAGUACCAGUUCACCACGCACGAGCUGCUCAACUACGCCAAGCGCAUAAGUCGCACCACGCUUCCGCCAGCACACCUGCUUUAUAACAGCGAACCUAGUGAAUCUCAACAAGUAGGAGGACAAGGAGGCCAGCCGAUGGAAGUCGACUCGGCAGCACAAACCCCCAUGCCCGGCGGUGGCGGCGGAACCGCAACAGCAGCCGGCACCCCCGCCGCCAGCGCGGCCCCCACACCCGCCGCUUCGGGCCCUUCUGGCCCCGGCCCUGUCACCACAACCACAGCCCCCUUCUCCCAACCGCCACCUCCACCUUCAGCCAACCAAACCGCCCUUCCCGAAGACUUCAAACCGCACAUCAACCUUUUGACAGGAUACCAAUUCCACCCCUGGCCGACGGAGGACAAGGUGCGCAUGGGCGGCAUGGCCGCCUACCAGUCGCUGGUUUCGCGGGCCGUGGACCCCAAGGGUUAUGACCCGGAGGAAGAAGAGCGAAGAAAGAAAGAGGAAGAGGAGGCAAGGAAGGAGGCGGAGGAGCGGGCGAUACGGGAAAGGGAAGAGGAGGAGAGGCGUAUGCGCGAGGAGCGCGAGAGGAUGGCGAGAGAGAGGGAGAGGGCGAGACGGGAGGAGGCAGAGAGGAGUGGAAGUAUUUCGGGGCCGGCUGCAGGCGCCCCGGCUGCGGCGGCGUCCAGUGCAGGUGGUGGUGGGAGGAGUCAGUUUACUUUCUUGGAUGGGAUGGAUGAUGACGAUGACGAUGAUGAGGACUAGACUCUGGGCUGGCUGUGGAGGUGAUGGGUGGGAUAGGGUGGAGGGAAAAAAUGGCGUUGCUUGAUACCCAAGAUUGGCGUUGCAGGUGAACUGGAAUCAUUUGGAAACCAUUUCUUGCAUGC